AUGAAGAUAGCCACAGUGCCAAUGCUUCUGACCCUGGCUCUCUGCCUCAUACAACAUGCUGCCAGUGAGGAUGAAAAUCAGGAGCUAUGCAGUGGAUUUAGGGCACUGAUGAAAAAUGGAAAGUUGUUCUGUCCCCAAGAUAACAAACUUUUCCAGAGUCCUGAUGGAAUUAUGUUCAUCAACAAGUGUGUCACGUGUAAAGCAAUAUUAGAAAAGGAAGCAAAAUCUCAAAAAAGGGCCACACAUUUAGCAAGAGCCACCAAACCCACUGCCCCUGUAAAGCUUAAUUGUGACGAAUUCAGGAAAGGAGGAGAUGGAGAUUUUGUCUGUACCCCUGAUAAUGCAGCUGUCUGUGGCACAGAUGGGAAAACAUACACUAGCAGAUGUGCGCUGUGUGCUGAGAUCGCGAAAACCAGGUCCCAACUUGGCAUAGAAAGUGAAGGAGAAUGUAAAAGCAGCAAACCAGAGCAGGAUGUAUGCAGUGAUUUUCGGCCCUACGUGAAGGAUGGAAGGCUUGCAUGUACACGGGAGAAUGACCCCAUCCUUGGUCCUGACGGGAAGACCCAUGGCAAUAAGUGUGCAAUGUGUGCUGAGCUGUUUUUAAAAGAAGCUGAACAAAAUGCCAAGCAAGAAGGUGAAACCAGAAUUAGACGAAACGCAGAAAAGGAUUUUUGCAAGGAAUAUGAAAGUCAAGUGAGAGAUGGAAGACUUUAUUGUACCCGGGAGAGUGACCCAGUCCGUGGCCCUGAUGGCAGAAUGCACGGCAACAAAUGUGCUCUGUGUGCUGCAAUUUUCAAGAAGCGUUUUACAGAAGAAAAAAGCAAAGCAGGUCAAAAUCUGAGACGGGCUGAGGAGAAAGUUAAAGUUAAAAGAGAAAUUGAGAAACUCUGCAGUGAAUAUCAAGAUUAUGCGAAGAAUGGGGUACUUUUCUGUACCAGGGAAAAUGACCCUAUUCAAGGUCCAGAUGGGAAAAUGCAUGGCAACUUGUGUUCUAUGUGUCAAGUCUUCUUCCAAGCAGAAAUUGAAGAAAAGAAAAAGGCUAAAGCACAAGCAAGAAAUAAAAGAGAAUCUGGAAAAGGACCUUCAUAUGCAGAGCUUUGCAGUGAAUACCGAAAGCUUGUGAGGAAUGGAAAACUGCCUUGCACCAGAGAAAAUGACCCCAUCCAGGGCCCAGAUGGAAGAAUGCAUGGCAAUACCUGCUCCAUGUGCGAGGCCUUCUUCCAAGCAGAAGAAGAAGAAAAGAAAAAGAAGGAAGGUGAAUCAAGAAAUAAAAGACAAUCUGAGAAUACAACUUCCUUUGAGGAGUUAUGUAAUGAAUACCGCAAGCUGAGGAAGAACGGACAGCUUCUCUGCACCAGAGAGAAUGACCCCAUCCAGGGUCCAGAUGGGAAAAUGCAUGGCAACACCUGCUCCAUGUGUGAGGCCCUCUUUCAGCAAGAAGAAAAAACAAAAGCAAAGGCUAAAAGAGAAGCUGCAAAGGAAUCUUGCAGUGAAUUUCGGGACCAAGUGAGGAAUGGAAUGCUCAUAUGCACCAGAGAGAAUGAUCCUAUCCGUGGCCCAGAUGGCAAAAUGCAUGGAAACAAGUGUGCCAUGUGUGCAAGUCUGUUCAAACUUGAAGAAGAGGAGAAGAAAAAUAAUAAUGAAGAGAAUAAGGAAAAAAUUGAGGCAGACAAAGUGAAAAGAGAAGCAGUACAGGAGCUGUGCAGUGAAUACCGUAACUACGUGAGGAAUGGGCGGCUCCCUUGCACCAGAGAGAACGACCCUAUUGAAGGUCUAGAUGGGAAAAUCCAUGGCAACACUUGCUCCAUGUGCGAGGCCUUCUUCCAACAAGAAACAGACGAAAAAGAGGCUGCAUCCAGAGCAAGAGCCAAAAGAGAAGCUAACGAGGAUGCAUGCAAUGAAUUUCGGAGUCUUUUGCAGAAUGGAAAUCUUUUCUGCACACGAGAAAACGACCCUGUGCGUGGCCCAGAUGGCAAGACCCAUGGCAACAAGUGUGCCAUGUGUAAGGCAGUCUUCCAGAGAGAAGAUGAAGAAAGAAAGAGGAAAGAACAGGAAGAUCAGAGAAAUGCUGCAGAAAAUGGUUCCAAUGGCGGUGGAGGAGGGAAAGCUCAGGACCAAUGUGCUGAGUUUCGGGAACAUAUGAAAAAUGGAAAACUCAGCUGUACUCGGGAGAGUGAUCCUGUCCGUGAUGCUGAUGGCAAAUCCUACAACAAUAAGUGUACCAUGUGCAAAGAAAUACUGCAAAGAGAAAUAGAAGAAAAAAAUAAGCAUUCUGGCUUAAGAUCAAAUGAGACCGGAUCAGCAUCAGGAAAGGAUGUAUGUGAUGAGUUUAGAAGCCACAUGAAAAAUGGACAACUCAUUUGCACUAGAGAAAGUGACCCUGUCCGAGGUCCUGAUGGAAAGACACAUGGCAAUAAGUGUGCUAUGUGUAAAGAGAAACUGGAAAAGGAGGCAGCUGAAAGAAAAAAGAAAGAGGAUGAAGAAAAGAAACACACUGGAGAAAAGAGUAACACUGGAGAAAAGAGUAAUGACAAGCAGGAUCAGUGUCAAGAAUUCCGGAGUAAGCAGUUAAACGGGAGGCUUAUCUGCACCAGAGAAAAUAGUCCUAUUCAAGGUCCAGAUGGCAAGAUGCACGUCAACAAGUGUGCUAUGUGCCAAAGCAUCUUUGAACGAGAAGCUGCUGAAAGAAAAAAUGAUGACAAAAAACCAAGUACCAAGCCCUCAAAUAAUGCAAAGGUUAUUUCUUAAAAUAUGCC